UCCACUUUCCUCCUCCGUGCCUGCAACAAUGGCUGCUCGGCCACCCAAUUAUUUCUUCAAUAAUACUCAAACUCUAAGGCCAAUUCGCACCUCAUUCCUCCACAAACUGCUACAACCUCACAUCCCUAAUUCUUCUCAUCAACUCAUGGGUUUUUUAACCCUUGUUAUCUCCGGAGGAAUUUUGCUCCUCCUCACUGGCAUCACUAUAACGACCAUAAUCCUUGGGUUAAUUUUCUUCACUCCAUUGAUCCUCAUCACUAGUCCUAUUUGGAUCCCACUCUUCAUCGCCGCUGUUGGAUUUUUAUCCCUCUGCGGAUUCGGCGCGGUAGCAUUGGGCGCUGUAACUUGGGUGUACAAGUACUUCAGCACCAGGAGAUCAAUGGUAGACGAUUAUGAUGAUACCGCCGAUGUGAAGGAUUACGCUAGAGGAUACCUUCAGUAUUAUAAAGUCAUGAAGGAUACAGCUCCCGGUGCUUAAUUUUGGGGAAAACAGGUGGGAACUACAAGGUGAGAAAUCGAAGAUUCAAAUAGUUAACCAACUGAACUACUGAGAUUUUCUGUUCACACCUGAGUUAAUUGUCGCAUUCACCUCUUCUUUUUAAU